UAAGAAGUACCUGGAGAAGGCGAAGAGUGUUAUCCGGACCCUGGACCCUAAACAGAACCAGGGCUCAGCACCAGAGGUCCAGGCCUUGAAGAACCAGCUGCAGGAGAAGGAGAGGAUGCUGCACUCUCUGGAGAAAGACUACGACAAGACCAAGGCUCAGAGAGACCAGGAGGAGAAACUCAUAGUGUCUGCCUGGUACAGCAUGGGCAUGGCUCUCCAGAAGAAGGCAGCAGAGGACCGUCUGGCCAGUACGGGUUCAGGACAGUCCUUCCUGGCCCGCCAGAGACAGGCUACCAGCACACGCCGCUCCUACCCCGGACACGUACAGCCUACCACCGCCAGGUAGACACGGCACCAUGACCCCUACCUGACCCUUCACCCUGACUCCUGACCCUCCAGGUCGACACAGCACCAUGACCCCUACGUGACCCUUCACCCUGAGUCCUGACCCUCCAGGUCGACACGGCACCAUGACCCCUACGUGACCCUUCACCCUGAGUCCUGACCCUCCAGGCCAGGUAGACACGGCAACAACUGACCCCAGCCCCGGAACCCUCCAGUUAUCCACCAGACAGACAGACGCUACUCUGUAACGUGCGUCUGCUUUGCCAAGCAAUCCAGACAGUUCAGGAUGAAUUAAACCUCUCCUGUACCGUUCCGCUGUUCUGUCCUCCUCUUCAGUCCUUCAGCUCAGGAUGGAUGAGUUGGUCUACCUGGCUCUUUAACUGACAGUAUUAUUAUUAUUAUGCACAUUUCUCUAAAACAUGUUACCGUUCUGUUACCGUUCUGUUACCGUUCUGUCAGGAAUCCUCUAUCUAAUAACUGUUUUCACAUUUCUCUAAAACAUGUUACUGUUCUGUCAGGAAUCCUCUAUCUAAUAACUGUUUUCACAUUUCUCUAAAACAUGUUCCCGUUCUGUCAGGAAUCCUCUAUCUAAUAACUGUUUUCACAUUUCUUUUGUAACACAAUGUUGUGAGCAGAGAUGCACUUUUCACAAAUUGGUAGUGGAUUGAUGUUUUGUUAAAUCGUUCUAAAAUCGGAGGAUAUUUUCGUAUCUUGAUGUUUACAGAACGUGAUGUAAUGACAUGCAGCCAGUGACUGUCGGGACAUGUUUAGUAACAGAGGAGGGACAUGGUAUGUCUCUGAGUUGGUCUCUUUAGUUGUCCCGGUACCUUUUUAUAUGUGUUCAGUAACUCUGAGUGUGCGUUCCGUUUGUCUGUGUUCGACAGUCUUGUUAUUGCCUGUAGUGGGAGAUUUGAAAGGUUAGUUGUAUAGGGACUCCUCUAGCCUGUUGGCAGUGUAUUUAGCUGUAGAAUAUAUUCCACAAGUGUCCCGGGUGUUUUAGACAAGGCCUUUCUUCAUCAUCAUCAUCAUCAGAAAUGUUAACAGUAGAAAGUUUCCUAUUUCUAAUUGACUGUUUUCUAAAUCAAACAUUUUUAAUUGGCUGAAUUAUUUAAUGAUCCUGAAAUAAGGCGAGCACCGUCUUCCCCUCUGUAGUCCGCUCACCCAGCGGUCAUUAUUGAUUAUUGAACCAGCGAUUUACUGAUCAAGCAUCUCUCUCUCCCCGUGUCAUCCUGCGUUGAUCAAGCAUCUCUCUCUCCCCGUGUCCUCCUGCGUUGAUCAAGCAUCUCUCUCUCCCCGUGUCCUCCUGCGUUGAUCAAGCAUCUCUCUCCCCGUGUCCUCCUGCGUUGAUCAAGCAUCUCUCUCCCCGUGUCCUCCUGCGUUGAUCAAGCAUCUCUCCCCGUGUCCUCCUGCGUUGAUCAAGCAUCUCUCUCCCCGUGUCCUCCUGCGUUGAUCAAGCAUCUCUCUCCCCGUGUCCUCCUGCGUUGAUCAAGCAUCUCUCUCCCCGUGUCCUCCUGCGUUGUUUGAAGGGAAUUCCAAAUGGCUCCUUCCUCUUUUGUCCUAUGACCAUGUGAGAACAGUUCUGCUGUGUGAACGAAACUGUCCUUCGUUCAUAUUUCAGUGUGUAGUGUACCAGUUGCUUUCUAAACGCUAGUGUCCAUAUUUUAAGCAGUGGACUUAAGUCAGUGGUCAUAUCUGACGAUAUCUAACAGAUGGAAAUUGUAAUUUUGAACGUAUCGAAAGGGUCUGAAAUACAAAACACAUGAACUCGUAAAAGAACCACUGCUGCCUCGAGGAGGUGGAUUAUAACACAUGAAAUUGAUCUUCGAGUUUAGCGUGGGGGCGUAAUUUCCCGUUCUCACUCACUGUGCUACGCCUUUACGUCUCUGACGCAACGUGGGGCGUCGUGUCGUACUUGAAAAGGAGUUUGACUGUCUAACAUGGUGUCUGUCCAAUGAAACGAGCAGUAGGUUACCAACGGGUUGGACCGUGUACUGUUUACUUGACUACUGUUGUGAUUUAGUAGAACGUAGACGGACUUCGUACUAGGAACGUUAGAAUCUCCUGAUUUUUAUUUCAUUUUCAUACAAUCUGAAUAUCUGUUUAUCAGCCACUGAUGUCAUUGUAAAAAAAAGGGUUUUGGUGAGGGUAUCAUGUUUUAAAGUGAUAUACGAGACGUUUUAACGUGAUAUAUGACGUUUUAACAUGAUGUAUGACGUUUUAACGUGACAUAAAAGAGAUUGUUGUUGACGUGUUCUGACAACUCUGCACCCUCAUGGUUUUGUCUUGGACUUUAAGCUUUUGGAAAUGUUUUCUUAACAUUUUAAAACUGCCAUUUUAAAAACAAGAUGUGUAAAAAAAAAAAAAAUAUUCACUGUUAAGGAAAAUUCGUAUUAAAAAGGGGCAGAAUGUGGUCGGGGUUUGUUGCCUCCUGCUCUGCUGAGCAGGGUCUCUGUACAGUCAUCUCUUACCAUCAUAACAUGGUGUCAGAAGUGAAUCGACUUCAUCAAAUAUUAACAACCAAGUUCAUCCAAUAUAAGACCGGAACAUCGUUAAGAGUCGACGCGAGAGAAUAUCUGACAGAAAAUAAUAAUAUUCCAUGAGUUUUGUCAGUUGAUUUUUUUGUGACGAAAAAUAAUCUAAAAGCUCUGUCUCUCUCACUCAUCGUUCGAGCGGCGGCGUUGCUAUGGAUACUAACAGGGAGAGAGCACGUGGAGCAGAAGAAGGACAUUGCAGGGCCAGAGAUGAGCAGGGCCAGAGAUGAGCAGGGCCAGAGAUGAGCAGCUAACAGAGAAAGUUAUUUCUGAUUUUGGGACAAAUGAUAAAAUGAAAGAAAAAAACAUUUGUUUUUCGGUUAGGGAUUUUUUUUAUUAACGAUCCCAAUUUUGUUUUAACGUUCACAACCCUACUUUGCUAGUUCAUUAAUCGUUUCAUCCUCCUACCUAUCAUGUUGAAACCUUCAACGUGUUAAACAACUCUCCUGUCCUGUCUCUGACUGCUCAUAUUGUCUCUGACUGCUCAUAUUGUCUCUGUCCUGUCUCUGACUGCUCAUAUUGUCUCUGACUGCUCAUAUUGUCUCUGUCCUGUCUGACUGCUCAUAUUGUCUCUGACUGCUCAUAUUGUCUCUGUCCUGUCUCUGACUGCUCAUAUUGUCUCUGUCCUGUCUCUGACUGCUCAUAUUGUCUCUGUCCUGUCUCUGACUGCUCAUAUUGUCU